CUAUGUAGGAUAGGGAGGUUAUAAAUACCCAGCACAAAAACUCAUUUUAAGAGUGCAAAAUUGAAUUAUCUCGUUAAAGAAAUUACAAUUCCUAAAUUUCCUAUUCCCUAUUUAAAAAAAAAAUAAACAUAAAGAGAUAAUUGCCAUGGAUGCUUUUUAUUGUUCUCAAAAACUUGUGUUAAUUGCAAUUGCAUAUGGCUUAUUAUUAGGGCGCUCCCUUGGUGCGGGCCCACAGAAGAAGUAUGGGUCGAUCAUUAGUUUCGGCGACUCGCUUGCCGAUACCGGAAACAAAAUCACUUUCACCAGUUCACAAGCCUCCCGGCGUCCGUACGGAAUGAACUUCCCCGGCGGCCCCACCGGUCGUUUUUCAAACGGCCGACUCAUCGUCGAUUUCAUAGCUCAAAGCAUGGGGCUCCAGUUGCUGCAGCCGUAUCCGGCGAAGAACGACAGUAAUUUCAGCGGCGGCGUGAAUUUUGCGGUGGCUGGAGCUACGGCGUUGAACUCCACCCCUUCAUAUCUUUCAUUGGGAACCCAGUUGGAAUGGUUCGAGAAAAUGCUUCCAUCUCUUUGCAACAAUAUAUCAAGUUGCGAAGUAUAUAUUGGGAAUUCUCUAAUUCUAAUGGGAGAAAUAGGAGGAAAUGACUACAACGGUCCCUUCUUGGAUGGCCAGUCCAAGGAAGACGUUGAAAAGUUAGUGCCGUAUGUUAUCAAAGCCAUAAGCUCUGCUAUUGAGAGAUUAAUAAGUCAAGGAGCUAAAACAGUGGUGGUUCCAGGGAAUCUGCCCAUUGGGUGCUCGGCUGCAUACCUCACCAAAUUCCAAAGUCCUAAUAAAAGCGAUUACCCCAAAACUGGUUGCCUCAACUGGCUAAACAACUUCGCUCAACAACAUAAUACCCAACUCCAGGAAGAACUCAACCGCCUUCGCCAGCUCCAUUCCGAUUCACGCGUCAAAAUUAUCUACGCCGAUUACUUCAAUGCCGCAAUGAAGUUCUAUAGUGUUCCUGCUAAAUUUGGAUUUGGAAAUGCGACAAUUGCAUGCUGUGGAGGAAAGGGUCCAUAUAACUAUGACGCCUCAGUUCCAUGUGGUGUGAAAGGAUCAACGGUGUGUGCUGACCCUUCAAAGUAUGUUAGCUGGGACGGAAUUCAUUUGACGGAAGCGGCAUACCGUUUGAUUGCCAAUGAGAUAAUUACUGAAUAUUUGCAUGAUUGAUGAGCUUAUUGCAUACACAUUACCAAAUUUGAUCGGAUCGAUCAGCUUUAUUAUGUAAUGUUUUAAGUAAUUUAAGAUGUUUCAGUUUGUUUUCUUUAUGGAGUUCUAAACCAAAUGUGACAUUAACGGAUGAGACUAUUUACAUUUUUUUUGUUGGGAAAGCAAGAACACAAAUGAAUGUGUAGUGCCCAAGAUCAACACCUUUCCCUCUUGAAUGAAUCUGUGAGGAGCAACAAACAAACACACCAAAGAACACCAAGCAACAAGAUAAUCCAAGCACGAAAAAUAAAGCGAUAUGAGGCACGAGAUUUUAACGUGGAAAACCCUUUCAACGUGAAAGAGUAAAAAACCACGAGACCCUUCAGUCCAACCAACUCCACUACCACCAAAUUGAGAGUACAAAUGCACAAUAUAACAGCACCACAAUGAUAUCUAGCCCUUAACAACACUACGAAGGCACUAGAAUCAAAAUAGAGGAACAAAAGUGCAAGAAAUCGCCAAAAAAACAGCAGCUGGUGCGAAGCUCAUAACUUGAGAUUGAACCGUUGAAAUUCGAUCUCCACCGUUCAGAUUGAAGCUCCACGAGUCCUUAGACUCCUCCUAAAAUUUCAGCUCGAUCGGACAAGAUUUGGACCUCCAAUCGACCAAAAAACCAGGUCUGCGUUUUUCUGAAAAUGGCAGCGGCUAUCUCACUUCUUGCGGCUGUUUUACUCUCUUUUUGUGCGUGAAUAUCCGUGUUGUGGUACUGGACAGCUGCCAAACUUUUACUCUCAAAAAUAUGUGGACAAAAAUGCAUUGAAGACUUAUCCUCCAAAAAUAUUUGGGCCUUUUAAUUUAAAGAUGACACAUAGUUGGGAGCCCAAACCCAACAAAUCUCCCCCCUCCCGACUAUGUGGAGGUGGUUGCCAAACCGGCAAUCAAACAACAAGUUUCAA